CCAUUGCUACGUGACGUCAGAACUCGGAAGUGGGAGUACAUCGAUCUAGUUCGAGUUCACGGGUGGGAAGUCACAGGUUUGAAGGUUGGAAAAACACAAGUUACAGGUUGCCUGGAAUGCAGCAUCAGUGCACUAGUAAUUUCGAAUUCAAAAAUGGAACGGCUCAUCUUCAUGAUAACGUGAAGGCAGUGUGAUUUUGUACACUGUUACUUUCCAGCUGUUACUAGACCACGACUUAAGGAGUCUCACAAGUUCUGCAUGGAGAUGUACCCAUAUCCCAGGAUCCUGGAAAAGUCAUGCAUAUAAAUGCAGUUGAGGAUGUGUUUGGAAAAAGUCCUUUUAGGCACGAGCCAUUAUGAGAUCCAAAAAUGUCAGUUAUGAGAUGACAAAGGAACCAGAGAUAUCUUCCACAUGGAAAAGGUUAUGGUUCAUACUUGGUGUGAAUACUUAGACCAGGAUGCAGAACGUCUUCAAUAAAACAUGAAAAGUGGACCAUGUGAACUCAAAAGGGUAGAUUUCAAAGUCAAGGAUGUCAGUGAAAUAAAUUCACUGUCUCCUUAUGUUGCAAAAAUGCUGAUGGUUUUUAAAACUGACUUUGCAGGGGAGCAUAUGUUUGGAUCGCCCUCAUCAUCUGCUUCCUCUCUGAAAAGUUUAUAUCUUGAAAAAGGAGCAAACAUAUUGGAUUUAGAUGUACUGUCAUUUUAUAAUUUGAGUAGAUGAUAGUAUUUGACCAAUACCAAAAUAUAUUUGCUUGAGUGUGUGACGACAGUCCACCUUUUACACAUGUUCUGAAUAAGACUAUAAAUAAUCACAGAAACUGUAUUGUCAGUCCUUGAAAUGUGAUCAUAAAUUUGGGUCUGUAAACAUGUAGGAGCCCUGAUUGUACCUAAAUAUCUUAAAGUAUCAUGUUGCUAAAGACCUUUUUUUGUAAAUAGAAGUGUGUGGUUUUUACCCCUCAGUCAACUUCUAGUUGAAGGGGUAUUGUAAUCAUUUUGUCAUCCGUCUGUCCAUUCAACAAUAUAAUCACAUUAUCUCAAGAACGCAUUGACAUACCUGCACCAAAUUUAUACUGUGCAUGCAUCUUGGCAUGGAGCAGAAGUCUACUGAAAAUAGGUGACCUUGACCUACUUUUUCAUGGUCAAAUAGCCUUUUGCAAUUAUAAUAUCUGAAUACUUUCAAAUAUAAAUAUGUAUGUAAUAAGUUUGACAAUCUAAUCUAAAUUAUAGGACAGUAACUUUCAACAGAAUCUUAAACUAUAUUUGGCCGAGGGGGAUUAAAAGUGUGCACCACAUUAUGUUAGUAGCUCUGUCCUGUGUUAUGAACUAAGAUGAAUUCCAGAAAUACACAUGGGGAAUUGUGUGGUGCUGACUCAGUUUUAAUGAAAUAAAUGUCAGAGUAAAAACCACACAGUCAGCAGUAGCUUCUGUGUUUGACUGGUAUGAAGUAGAACUAUCUGUGAUCCACGCAUUUGGACUCUCACAGAUAAUUGGCUCUCAGUAUUAUAAAGUCCAUUAUCAGUUGUAUUUAAUAUUUAUCUUGCUCUGUCAGUUUUAAUUUGUUUUUGCUCUUCUUUUUCUGUAUUGUUUGCCAUUUUUUAUUUAGUUUGUAAAGGGAUGACUGCAAUUAUGUUUUAAAGGAACAAGUGUCCUGAUUAUGCUUAAGUUAUUCUAAAUGUGCAAGUCGAAAGCGUUUUUUUCUGUGUAAAGUGCCUUCCAAAAUAAAGGAGUUGCUGAACGAAGUGUAAGCUAGUUUAUUUGCUUAGACAUGUAAGCCACUAGUUGGACAUGGGCGGAAAGCGAGGCCGGAAGUAGACGGCAGGUUACUCUCAGGUUUGUGUCAUCUUUGGUUAUGCUAACUCGAAGACGCGCUGUUCUCGGGCGUUCUGCUCGGGAUGAAUUUAGAGGAGGCUUUCCAAAUUGUCGGCGAGUUUGGACCUUAUCAGAAAAGGGCGGUAACUAUCCUGGUCCUGACCCAGGUGUAUAUGGCCUGUCAGGCCAUGCUAAUAGUUCUGGUUGGAGCCCCAUCACAGUAUGAGGUGGAGGAUGAGGAUGGAGUCCAGCAGGACGUGGUCCCUCAUGUCACCUUCACUGAGGACAUUGACUCCAUAGUGACUGAGUGGCUGCUGAUCAGACACCAGGCCUAUAAAGUCAGUUUGGCCGGGUCACUGUUCUUCGCUGGCCUUCUGGUUGGAAACAUUGUCUUUGGGCCACUCUCAGACAAGAUCGGAAGGAAACCGGUUUACUUGACAGGGUUUUUUUUGGAGGUGCUUUUUGGUUAUGCCACUGCUUUUGCCCCUAACUAUGAGGUGUUUGCCGUGUCUCGUCUCCUGGUCGGAGUGAUGAACGGCGGCAUCGGCCUGGUCUGCUUCGUCCUCUCACAGGAGUAUGUGGGAAAGUCCUACUGGGCCAUGACGGGGACGUUGACCAGUAUGAUGUUCGCUGUGGGCAUCGCCCUGUUCGGAGCUCUGGGAUACUUCAUCCGCCCAUGGAGGAGUUUAGCCACAGCCGCCAACUCCUCCGGAGUCCUGUUCCUCAUGUUAUCGGCGGCUCUGCCUGAGUCUCCUCGUUGGUUGUAUUCUCAGGGCCAGACAGAGCGAGCAGAGGAGGUUUUGCGCUACAUGGCCCUGAGAAAUGGCAACCCCACCAACAACCUGGUUCUGCAGCGUGUCGGUUCUGCCAAAGCUGGUAACCGUGGCGACAGCUCUGCUAGCGUCCUGCAGCUGGUGAUUCAUCCGGUUCUCCGCCUAAGGACCAUGGUUCUCAUGUAUGUCUGGUAUGCCUGUAGUCUGGUGUAUUACGGGCUGACGAUGGGUGCCAGUGAGACGUCUGGGAACCGUUUUGUCAACGUGUCCAUGUACGGCCUGGUGGAGCUGCCUGCCUACCCCCUCUGCAUCUACUUCAUCAACAAACACUGGGCCGGGAGAAGGAAAAGCAUGGCCAGUUUCCUGUGUCUGGCUGGAUCUGCCUGCCUAUGCACCACGUUGAUCCCAGAAAACACAGGGACUCUGCUGAGUGUCACAUCUCUAGCUCUGCUGGGGAAGCUGAUGGUCAGUGCAGCGUUCAACAUCGCCUAUGUGUACACCUCUGAACUGUACCCCACGGUGAUAAGGAAUGCUGGUUUAGGGGUGUGUUCAAUGUCCUGCAGAGUUGGAGGAAUUCUGGCGCCUUUUGUUCCUUCUAUGCGGGCCGUCCACUCCUCCAUGCCGUUCACCAUCUUCUGUCUGACCGGCCUGUCUGCAGGCUGUGUCGGCCUCCUUCUGCCUGAGACUCUGAACGGACGUCCAAUUGAGACUCUGGACGAGCUGAGUCCGACCACAACCCGAAUCCUUGAGACAAAGGCCCUCUUAUAUGAAGACAACAAAUGGAAGUCCAACCACUAGUGAAAUCAUUGACGUGGCCUCAUCAAAGUGUCCUGACCUGAACAGUGAACAGACCUGAGUCUAAAGGUGAACGCCGUCUAAAUGUGACGUUGAACCACCACCACGUCCACCUUCAUGAGUUUGAACACAGUGGUGUCGAUUCCUCCGACGUCCUCCUGUAUUUGAUGUUUACCCAGGAUCUACUGUCCAUGACUCUGCCUUUGGUCACUUUACUGAACGGUGUCCACACCAUAUUUGACAAAAUGAACAUUUUUCUGUCUGGGUCCAACACAAACCACGGUUUGUCGAACCAUUUGGAGUGACUGUUUAAUUCCAGCGUGUGAGGUUGUGUGGUCAGCAUGUGUUUUGUAAAUCCAUAUUUUGUGUGUGUGUGUGUGUGUAUAUGUGUGCGCUCGGGGGGGCUGAAAUCACAGGUGGCUUCAUAACAUUCCAACUAUGUGUCACUGUUGGGAAAUCAAAGGCAUUUGUAUCAACAGUUGAACUGAGUCAGGUUAUCUGAUGUCAAAUCUGCAUUUCAAAAUUUACACUAUUCAAUAAAUAGGAUUAUAUACCUCAGAACUGACAAAGGUUACAGUUUUAAUGUGUUCCACCCCAAAUAUGGAGCACAUUUAGGACAGAAGUGCAAUGAUUAGAGUGUCUGGUACAUUCAUCUGUUUGUGCACAUACAUUCAGUAAAAGCUAAAAUGAGUUAAUUCAAUAAAUAAUGAACAAAUAAUGGAUUAGAUUUCUAUAGUGCUUUUCAAGGCACCCAAAGCGCUUUACAUUAGUGAUCCAUUAUUCAUUCACUCACACAUUCACACUCUGGUGGUGGUAAAGUAUGUUUGUAGUCACAGCUGCCCUGGGGCAGACUGACGGAAGCAAGGCCGCCAGUUCACGCCCAACGGCCCCUCCCACCACCACCGAACAUUCAUACGCAUUCAUACACCAGUGUGAGUGGCACUGGAAGCAAGGUGGGUGACGGGUCUUGCCCAAGGACAGAACGGCACAUGACAAGGACAGAGUGGGAUUCGAACUGCCAACCCUUUGGUUAUUGGACAACCCGCUCUACCUCCUGGCCGUCCCCUAAUUUACUGAUCUAUUUAUUAAAGUAAAAAAAUGACUCUUUUUGAAUGAUUUUCAAGUCACAGAAACUGAACUUUUGUUUCUUCAAUGUGAAAAUGUGUUGCUUUUGUUGGUCUUAUGUUAUUUUAACUACAUAUUUAAGGAUUCCUGCUUUAACAAUAUAAGCAAAUGAAACCUCCUCUG